AGAGAGAGAGAGAAGAUGGCAGUUGGGAUUUUGGAGGUGUUGCUGGUGAAUGCAAAAGGCCUUGGAAACACUGAUUUCUUUGAUGGUCUAAUAGGUAAGAUGGAUCCCUACGUUUUGAUUCAAUACAAGACAGAAGAACGCAAAAGCAGCGUCGCCAGAGGGCAGGGAAGUAAUCCGUCGUGGGGCGAGAAGUUCACGUUCAGGGUGGAGUAUCCAGGAGCAGGCGACCAUCAUCAGUUCAAGCUCAACCUCAAGAUCAUGGACAAAGACACCUUCUCCGCCGACGACUACAUCGGGAGCGCGACCAUAUAUUUGGAGGACUUGCUGGCGCUAGGCGUGGAGAACGGGACCGCCGAGCUGAAUCCCUGCAAGUACCGGGUGGUUCGGAUGGACCAGUCCUACUGUGGAGAGAUCCAAGUCGGCCUAACAUUCAAUCUAAGGGAGGAGCCGCAGAUUAAUGAAGAGUACGGAGGAUGGAAGGAAAGCGAGUAUUAGUCAACAGCUUUGUCCCGUGUGUGAUCUUUCCCUUUUCCUUUUUUUUUUUUGUUGCCUCGUUUAUUGUGAACGUGCGGAUCAUGAGCUGUAGCUUUUCAGGACUUGAAAUGGAGACUCUCCUUUUUUUCUUUUUUCCAGUUUUGCCCAGAAUUUUCAGGGUUGUCUUUCUUCACCUUGUUCUUCACGAAGCAAAUUUCAAGGAGAAAACACAUGAGAUGAUUUCCCCGGAAUGACUUACGCGGCGAAU